AUGUCUGCAGAGCACAGCAGUGGAGCGGAGCCCGACAGCUCUCCCGUGGGCGUGUCCUGGGGUUCGGGGGAGGACGAGGAGACGGGCGUGGACCUGGACCCCGUGCUGCUGUGGGCCCCCAGCGGGCGGAGGCUACUCUCUGGGCUCCUGGGGUUGAACAUUGUGCUGCUCGGCGCCGCGCUGGUGGCGGGGCAGGCCUUUAACCCCCAGGGCCUGCGGCACCAGGAGCCCCUGGUCUUCCUCCUGGUGCUGAUGAGUCUGAGCGUAGCCUGGAUGCUGUGGUACCUCCUCUGGGCCCGGAGGCAGCCAGGUAUAUCCCCCCACACGGACCACCACGCCGGAGGCAUCGCUGUCACAGUGGUCCUGAUGCUGUUUGCAGCCUUCAGUCUCUUGCUGCAUGUCUUCAGAAUGGGGUAUGUCAUAAUUAUGGUGGAGUGCAAGCCGCUGGCCAAAGUCAUCUUCCCCUUCAUCGAGGCCCCCUUCCUGGCCCUACAGACAUACCUGCUCUGGGCUCACUCCAAGGAUUGCAUUCACAAACACAAGGUCCAGACCAGGUCGGGCCUGAUUCUCACUCUCAGUGCUGACCUGCUGCUCUGGCUGAAUGCUGUGACGGAGGACACGGUGCACCAGGAGAUCGAGCUGGAGAAGGAGGUCUCCCUCAGCAAUUCCUCCCUGCCGGAGAGCGCAGAGGACUCAGACCUCAGCAACGCCACCUUGUGUCAGUGCAGUGCAUCUGCGGCGUGUCUGGCCUUCCGGAAGGGCUACGAGGUGCUGUACCCCUUCAACAUCGAGUACUACCUGAUGGCGGGGUGCCUGCUGUACGUGAUGUGGAAGAACGUGGGGCGGCCGGCGGGGGGCGUGUCUCACGGAGGCCACGCCCGGCGGGUCACCCUGCGCAUCGUGCACCGCGGCGGGGUGCUCCUUGGACCCGUGGCCGGCCUGCUAACUCUCCUGGUGGGCGUGGCCAUCUUCGCGCUGUACCAGGUGUGGGUGGGCACCCCCCGGCACCGCACCACCGCCUUCGUGGCCUUCUACGGCUACCACCUGGCCGUGGUGCCUGUCAUGUCGUUGUGCUCGCUGGCGGGCAUGGUGGUGCAGAGGAUGGAGAGGCGGGAGCAUGAUGGCGGGCACAACCCCACCCGCAGCCUGGACGUCCUGCUGCUGGUAGGAGCCGCCCUGGGACAGCUCUCGCUCUCUUACUUCUCGCUGGUGGCCGCCCUGGCCGUCGGGCCUAGCGGGCUGCUGCCGAGCCUGGACCUUUCCUACUCGCUCCUCAGCCUGCUGGAGCUCGUCCUGCAGAACAUCUUCAUCAUCGAGGGCCUCCACCGGCACCCCAGCCGGGAGAGAGGGGCCAGGAGCUCCACACUCGAGGCCAGACACCUGUGCCUGCAGAAGAACACCAUGGAGGUGGUGGACGGACCCGCAGGAGGCUCUUUACUGAGAAAAAACAAAGUGUCAACAUCGCCAUCUGUUGACGGAAAAACAGAUGACAAAAGUUCACGGGCCAAGAGAGUCACACAGGAGAUCUGCGCGUUCCUGAUUCUGGCAAAUAUUAUGCUGUGGGUGAUCCCCGCCUUUGGUGUGCACCCCCAGUUUGAGAAUGGCCUGGGGAAAGAGUUCUACGGGUUCACAGCCUGGUUCAUCCUGGUCAACCUGGGCCAGCCACUGGGGGUCUUCUACCGGAUGCACUCUGUGGGGGCCCUGAUGGAGCUGCUGAUCACUGCCUGAACCCCGGGGGGGGGGGCACGGGGACUCCCCCCGGGCUUACAACCGUCUCUCCAAAUCGCCUCUGAUCUUCCACACAAAACGAAAAGAUCUGAUCUGAACCUUGAGGGGUCAUUUGCAAAGAUUGGACACCUGAAGGAACAUGUAGCCCUUGAGCUAUAAGAAGAUUUGCUGCAAAGAACAUGUCUCAGAUGUAAAUUGUAUGUUCUGUGUGUUUCAAA